GACCCUGAACUAGAAAAAUAAUUACAGGCAACUGAUAGUCGGAUGGAAGGACUUAUUUACAAGUAGAAAUGGGAGAAAAUCUUUGCACAAGCCUUCUGGAAUAUUUGUCAGUAUUUCUGACAACAGCAACCAAUUAAACGAUUAAACUAUGAGCAUGUGACACCUAUGGCAUUCUGGGAAAGUAGAGUUUGCUGUCCUGGCGACGGUCAGCCCCCCUAGCUCUCAGAUGUAACGCCCCCCUCUUUGCAAGAGUCAUUACCCAGGGUGCAUGAUUCCACUGGCCACAGAUAUAAAAACAUAUGUCUGGAAGACUAGGAUGUACGGCACGGACCAUCGUCUCGUUUUGGUUUAACGGUAAUGGACUCUGACACCGUCAGAUGGGAGCUAAGGUAACGGUAUCAACAAGAGAGAGAAGGCUGACUUCGUUUUUCCCAAGCCUGCAACGGCAUUUACGUCACGUGUUGGGGGUUCUCAACGUCCUCGCUCUCUUCCUGAAAUCCUGCGCUCUCGGAGAUCUUGGGAUUGUCCAGCAGGCAGUGUUCCUGGUCAUUGACGUCGUCAUGAUGGAGAGCAUGGAACUCGAGGAGAAAAGUAGGACGUACUGCAUCAGAGGCAAGCAUGUGGCUGUGAUUUGCGUGGCGCUGGCGGCGGCCGCCGCCGUCGUGCUGGGCAUCAGCCUGGGCCUCUCCCAAGCACGUCCGACUGACGGAAUGGAAACCUCCAGAAGCUCCACACCCGAGGUUUCCGAGCGAGGACCCUGCAGAGCCUCCUCAGACAGUAGCGGAGACUGGAAGAACUUCAGGCUGCCUGAGUACGUCACACCGGUCCAUUAUGACCUCCAUGUAGAGCCUGAUCUGGACACUGACAUCUACACCGGAAACGUCUCCAUCUUGGUGUCGGUUUCUAAGGCCACCCGGCACCUGUGGUUACAUAUCAGGGAGACGUUCAUCAGUGUCCUCCCAAGGCUGCAGAGGAAAUCCGGCCAGAGGCUGCAAGAGGUGCCCCUCAAGAGGUGCUUUGAGUACAAGCCCCAGGAGUAUGUAGUCCUUGAGGCCACAGAAGUGCUGCCACCUACAGGUCCCAUUGAGUACUACGUGCUGACGCUAAGAUUCCAAGGCUGGCUCAACAACUCUCUUGUGGGUUUUUAUAGAACCACGUACCAGGAGAACGGGACUACAAAAAAAAUUGCUGCCACAGACCACGAGCCCACCGACGCCCGUAAAACAUUCCCAUGUUUUGAUGAACCCAACAAGAAGGCCACCUAUAAAAUCUCCAUAACCCACGAUGGUUCCUACAGCGUCCUCUCCAACAUGCCGGUGGAGAAAAUCGAGAUCCUAUCCGGUAAUAGGAAGAGGACAUCCUUCGAAAUCUCAGUCCGCAUGAGCACGUAUCUGGUGUGUUUUGCUGUGCACCAGUUCACCUACGUGGAAAGGAGGUCGUCACGUGGGAUACCUUUGAGGGUUUAUGUACAGCCAACGCAGAUCCACACCGCAGUGUACGCUGCAAACGUGACCAAGGUCAUCUUCGACUACUUCGAGUUCUAUUUCAACAUGACAUACUCCCUCCCGAAAUUAGAUAAGAUUGCCAUACCGGAUUUCGGCACGGGAGCCAUGGAGAACUGGGGGCUCAUUACCUACCGAGAGAGUAGCCUGCUGUAUGAUGCCAGUGAGUCCUCAUCUUACAACAAGAAGAACGUGGCAAGCAUCAUCUCCCACGAGCUGGUGCACCAGUGGUUCGGGAACAUAGUGACGAUGGACUGGUGGGACGACCUGUGGCUGAACGAAGGUUUCGCCAGCUUCUUCGCGUUCGUGGGGGUGGACAGGGCGGAGCCGAGCUGGGAGAUGCGAGACUUCAUGUUGACGGACAUCACCCUGCCGGUCAUGGUGAGCGACGCCCUCGUCUCCUCCCACGCCAUCAUCACCAACGUCUCCACGCCAGCCGAGAUCACGGCCGUCUUUGACGGAAUAUCCUACAGCAAGGGGGCAUCAAUCCUGAGAAUGCUGGAGGACCUACUGGGUGGCGAGAUGUUUCAGAUCGGCUGUCAGAAAUACUUGAAAGACUUCCAGUUUAGGAAUGCCAAGACCUCUGAUUUCUGGAGGUCUUUAGCUGCGGUGAGCGGUUUUCCCAUAGAAGAGAUAAUGGACACCUGGACCAAGCAGAUGGGGUACCCUCUACUGGAUGUGUCUACCCUGGGCAUGCAGGUCAGGCUGACUCAGAGACGCUUACUGCUGGAUCCCAACGCAGACCCCUCCAAGCCCACGGUCGCCCUGAGCUACAGCUGGAUCAUCCCUAUAAAGUGGUUCUCUCUGGGUAGCCAGAAGAAUGGGAGUAUAAUGUACAACAGGAUACAGAGAGACCUUCUAGUCCCAGAUUAUGCCACCGAUGUGGAUGGACUGCUGAAGGUGAACAGAGAUUCCAUUGGCUUCUACCGGGUCAAUUACAAUGACCUCCUGUGGAGCUCAGUGAGCCAGCAGCUGCUCCAGGAGCACAGGGUUUUCUCUAAGGCAGAUCGUGCGGGGUACAUAGAUGAUGCAUUUUUUCUGGCACGAGCCAACGUCAUCGAUUACAGCCACGCAUUUAACCUGGCGAAAUACCUAGCGGCUGAAACAGAGUACGUUGUGUGGGACACGGUGGCUUCGUCCAUCGCCUAUGUGCGGGACAUGAUGGUGCAGGACUCCACGCUGUACCCAAAGUUCCAGAUGUUUUUCCGUAAUAAGCUGUCAGGUAUCUCCAGGAUGCUGGGAUGGAAUGACACAGGGAGCAUGCAAGAAAGGAUGUUACGUGCGAUAAUUCUGGGACUGUCCUGCCAGAUGGAAGACCAGGACGCCCUGGUCCAAGCCUCUCACUUGUUUUACCGCUGGAUCAAUGGCUCACGCGUGGCCACAAACCUGCGGCGACUGGUGUACCAUUAUGGAAUGAAGCAGGCGGGCUCUGAGGAGGCCUGGGAUGAGAUGUUCAGGAGGUACAGCAGCGCCACUCUGGCCCAGGAGAAGGACAAGAUUCUGUACGGGCUGUCAUCGGUGGAGAACGUGGAUCUGCUCAGCCGUCUCCUAGAGGCGGCCAAGAACGAGAGCAUCAUCCGCACCCAGGACGUCUUCACACUCAUCAGAUACGUCUCGCUGAACAAAUACGGGAGCACCAUGGCCUGGGACUGGACCGCGCUCAACUGGGAAUACCUGGUAAACAGGUUCACCAUCAACAGCAGGAACCUUGGUCGCCUGGUGGCCAGGAUUACGGCGACUUACAACACUGAGCUGCAGCUGUGGCAGCAUAACCUGCUCCUCCCUUCCCACGUGGAGCAGAUUGAGAACUUCAUCUCCAGGCAUCCCGAUGCUGGGGCGGGGGCAACGCCCAGGAAGCAGGCCUUGGAGAAGGUGAAGAGCAACAUCGACUGGAUGAGGAGAAACCGAGAGGAGAUCCGCCUUUGGUUGGACGUCAACGUAUCCACGUAAUGGCCGCAUCACACCCCAAGAGGGCGCUGGAGGCGAGGAGGAAGGAGUUGUAUCCCACACUAUAACGGUGGAGCCAGGACCAGCCGACACAUAAAAACGAACCAAAAUACCUCGCGAAGAAUGGCCCCAUCGGGAAGAAUGAACGAGAUGGAUUUCCGUUUUGGAGGGAAAAAAAAUUCCCUUAGUACGUAACUAAGUCAAGCUUUAUAAAGAGAGGAUGCACAGAACAAGAAUAGCUACAGCAGUACAGGGAUCAUUAUUAUCAUUGCAGUUACAGAAACGGCAUUUGAGAUUGAGAUUGAUGUUUCACCUCCAAUCAUAACAAAUCUUUGUGAAAAAGUUGUCUGAGGCUGUGAAUAAAUCUGAAUAUCAUUAACUGUUUUGUGCAUGUACAAAUAAACGAUAUGAUAGUG